AAGAAAAUGAAAUGACUAUUAUACCCUUGCAAUAUCUUUUGUGACCUUCCCUUAGCUUCAAGCUUUGUGUAACACAAACAAUGGCUGCAAUUGAAUUAGCAGCAUCCUCAAUUUUUUCAUAUCCUCCUUCUUCCUCCUCUUAUCUAAAAUUCCCAUUGUUUCCCAAUUCAAUUAAAAUCCAAAAUUACAACCAUUCUCUUAAUCUUUCUCUAAAAUCCAUUCUUUAUCCUCUUCCUCUUCCUUCAAGAAAACAAUGCACCCAACUUAACUGCUCAGCAGUUGAAGUCACUGAACCUGUAACAGUACAAGAAGAGAAAACAGAGAAACCCCAGAAAAAUAAUCAAAGAAGAAAGCUUUUUGUUCUAAACUUACCAUGGUCUUUGACUGUUGCUGAUAUCAAGAACAUCUUUGCUGAAUGUGGAAUUGUUGAUGAUGUUGAGAUUAUAAAGACCAAAGAUGGAAAGAGUAGAGGAUUUGCCUUUGUGACAAUGUCUUCUGGGGAAGAAGCUCAAGCUGCAAUUGACAAAUUGGAUUCUUAUGAAGUAUCAGGAAGAAUCAUCAGGGUAGAAUUUGCGAAGCGAUUUAAGAAACCUCCAGGAGCUCCUCCUCCUUCAACUCCUCCCCAAGGGGAAGCACGACAUAAACUUUAUGUUUCUAAUCUUGCAUGGAAAGUGAGGUCUACCCAACUAAGAGAAUUCUUCUCAGCAAACAACAAUCCAAUUUCAGCUAGGGUUAUUUUUGACAAUGCUUCAGGAAGAGCUGCUGGGUAUGGUUUCGUAACCUUUGACACAAAAGAACAAGCAGAGGCUGCACUAUCUGCUUUAGAUGGAAAGGAACUGAUGGGCCGGCCAAUUCGCUUGAAAUUCAGUGAAAGGGAUGCUGAUGGAUCUGAAAACAAGGAAGAAGCACCGACUCAGGAAAAUCCUGAAGAGCCAUAGAUGACUCCGGUGAUUAUACUUCUAUGGAUCAUCAAGGUCCUGUUUAAACCAGACUUCUCUUCUACUUGUGCAAAUAGUUGCUGACUGUUACAUGAUAACCAUAUUUUUUGUAGACUCCAAAUAUAUUUUAUUUGACGUGUUUGUUUGGUCAUACUUUGGUGACCAUUUAUCUUGUUUCCCUGUUUAUUGGUUCCUAAAGUGUCACUGAUGUUUUUGUUUUAUAAUGUCAAUCUUCAUGAGAAAAAUGUAAAGAUAGGUAUUAUUAGUCAAGUUUUGCAUUACAUUA